CACAUAAUAAUUUGCACUAAAAAGACUAAUUGUAUUUAUUACUCUGUAGUUGACAGUAGUUACUGCUCUAGCUUGCUGCUUGACUUGAAAGGUCUCAUUUAGGCCAUGAAAUCUUAAAAAAAACUGCUAUAUCCAGUUUCGACAUUCGGAUCUCUGUUAACAUAAUAUUCAUAUUUUUACUUUUAAGCCUUUGAGUAAAGCGUUACUCACUGUCCACGUUGCUUUUAGUAUCUGCCCCAAUUAUCGCUUUCCCGUACUUGAACAUAAAUUCCAUGUGAUCCACAGUAAAGAGUUAUAUAUCCACAUAUGUUAAGAUUGUAUAAUAGUAAUUCUUUGUUAUUAUGAUCUACUUGUAUUAAAGAUAUGCUGAAAUUGACACAGAGGUUUUGGAAACAUACUAACUUUGCAUGUAAUUUGCAUUAUAAUAGAAUAAAUUUAAAAGAUUAUCAUCUCCUUACUUUAAGAAGUAGAUGUCAUGUACUGAAUAGUCGUGUUUUGAAAAAUCCCUUUAUAAUUAAUUGUUCAUGGGGUAGGUUGCUGGCUAGUAUUACAAAAGAUAGUAAAGACUUCCAGAGGUCUGAUAACAAGGAAGACAAAAUGGCGGAGGGGAUUGGAGAGGUCCCUGUUUGGACACCUCACCAAUCUGAUGACGACAUCAUUCUUAUUUCUUCAAGUUCAUCAACUUGCUCGGAUGAUCUUGAUGAUUAUACUCAAAAGCAUGACUUUCAAUGUUGGGAAUCUGAUAAUGUAACUCCUGGGUUUUCAGAUUCGUUUCGAGUUCUCUCCUAUAACGUGCUAGCUCAAAACUUGCUCGAAUGUCAUCCUUAUUUGUACAAAGACUGUACACCAACAAAUUUAAUAUGGGAAGAAAGAUUUUUUAAAAUCUUGAAUCAAAUAACAAAUGCUAAUCCUGACAUUAUAUGUUUGCAAGAAGUGGAGGAAGCACGUUUAACCGACUUUACAUCUAAAUUGGAGACGAUAGGAUUUAAGACAUUUUUUAAGAAAAAAAAGAUUAAGCAAGAUGGAUGUGCUAUUUUCUUUCGUAGUUCGAAAUUUGAAAUGAUAGAUCACUUAACGGUGGAGUUUCACCAACCUAAUUUGCCGAUACUAAACCGUGACAAUGUGGCCUGUUUGGCUAAAUUAAAGCUACGAGAUAAACCGGACUCUAUGCCCAUAGUUGUUGUAACAACACAUUUACUGUACAAUCCCCGACGCAUGGAUGUACGUUUGGCACAAAUAAGAUUAUUAUUGGCCGAAAUCGACAGAUUCGCAUACUACAAUACAGGCCGAAACCGCGGUCACUGGCCAAUUAUUUUGACAGGAGAUUUCAAUUCUCAACCCAACAGCCAGGUUGUACGGCUGAUACGUGAGGGAUACAUUAGCGAUCCGAUCGUUAACGAAGACCAUUCGGAUUGGAGGAACAUUAAUGUGACUAACCACUGCGAACACCUAUCUUUAUUUAUGAACAGACUUUCGGAGAACCUAGCGUCUGAUUUCAGCAUAACACUAAUUCAUAAUUCUGAUUACGGGGAAAGUAAUGUAUCUGAAGACGACAUGUACAGUAAAAGGUUCCAAUUCGAGGAAAUGUUCACGGGAAUGACAUUGAGGCAUUCUUUAAAAUUUUCAAGCGUAUAUGAUCACGUAAAGAAAAAUGGUAAAAAGGAGGGUACAACUUUCCAAAAUAGUUGGGUGACUGUAGAUUAUAUAUUUUUCAGUAAUUUGCUGAAAUUAGAGGAACGUCUAAGUCUCCCUUCAGUGUCGGAUGCAAAAAAAAUGGGCCCUCUACCUAACGAUACCUGUGGCUCCGACCACAUACCGCUAGCCGCCAUGUUUACCUUACGUAAUUUGUCUAUGCCUUCAUGAAGGCCUACGACUUGAGUUAUUAAUACUUAGACAUGUAAUAUAGUAUUUUAUUGGACGAUAAUUUUUUGUGGAAAAUGCUCUGGAAAGUAGUAAUAUUUUAAUAAAAUAAUGUUUAAUCUGUUAAUGUUUUAAAAAGUUUAUUGUAUACUAUAUAUAAUUUAUAUUUUUAAAUACACAUUUUAAUUCUAAAAAGAAAAAAUAAGAUAGUGUUUUAUAUAUAUAUAUACAGGGCGUCCCAAAGUUAUGGGACAUGAAGGGAAAGUACCUAAAAUAUCUUAGAUAGGGUAUUUUACUGAAAGAAGACUAUGUUAUUUUUAAAAGUUAGUAAUUCUGCAUUCAAAGACUUUCUAAAAAUUACUUGCCUCAUCUGGGAAUCGAACCGACUUAAAUAUUAAAAAAAAAAACCCCUACUUUUAUGGCGCCAAUCGAAAGAAUGGCCAAAAACUAAUAACUCUUCUUAACAUCGUAUUUUAAAUGAAAUGAACGAAUAAUUUUAAUGAAUAAAUGAAACGAAGUUAAUCAUUAUAAUCAAAUUAAUAAAUAUAUGAAAACCGCCGUAGUCAAUUAAGUGAGUAUUUUUUUUGAAAAUAAAUAAAUGCCCAAAAUAUGAUAUGAUGCGUCUUGUCUUACGCAAAUCGCCAAAAUUAAUGAGUCCGCUGCCUGUUGAUUUUCUUAUCAUUUUAUGGUGAAUACUCGAUAUGAUAUGGCACAAUUCUGUUUGAACAUCGCCCACGUAUCGCUUUUUGUAUAGUAUGUCUUUCCCGUAUCGCUAAGAAGAAAUCUGUCCAGCCAGAUUUCCAAGUAGGUAUUCCAAAAAUUAAUUUAGAAAAUCUGCUGCUCCGACUAUUAUGAGCCGGAGCUCCCAUCAUUUAUUCCGGGAUACGUGAAAGAUAUGCUAUACAAAAGGCGACAGACGAGGCAAGUAAUUUAUAGAAAGUCUUUGAAUGCAGAAUUACUUAAUUCUAAAAAUAACCUAAAGUACUCUUUCAGUAUAAUAAUCUAUCUAAGAUAUUUAAGGUACUUUUCCAUUAUGUCCCAUAACUUUGGGACGCUCUGUAUAUAGUUAAUUUAGCGAAUGGUGAAGCGAUUAUAAAUACAAUGGAAAAUGCACUUCGGUGUCGUUAUAGAGAGUUGUUGUUAAAUGGAGAGAAGAAAAACGUAUCGAUAAUCCAUGAUUCCUACUUAUUAUUCAUGGUCAACAACAGUCUACUCGUGCAAGCAAUCCCAAUUUGUAAACAAAAGAACGAAUUUAGAAAGUUCGUUUGCACGAUGCCGACAGUCGAGUUUAUUGCGGGCUACGAUAAUAAAGAACAAAGAACGACAGAAAGAAAGAAAGACAAAAGAACGUACACAGCUGCGCAGUUUUUACUAAAAAGUACCUUUUAUUAUUUAAUUGUCGUUAUUGAGAGUGGGUGUAAUGCUAUGUAGUGUAUCAGUGUAUAAAAGACGAGCUAGAGUUCGUCGUUUUCGAGGCACGUUACAUGGAGUUUACACUGUAUAUAUAUCGCAGUAAAAUAGUUAAAUCAGAGAGUGAAUUGAAACUCUAGACAGUUAAUUAAAAAUCGAUAUUCAAUCAAGUCGCUAAAGUUC